CUAUAAUAUGUUAUUUAAAAGCCAUAAUUUUUGCAUUGAAGGUGAGAAGUUAAUUUGCUUUCUGUCGCAUCAGUCACUAUACGGAGUCGCGGUACUAGAGUCCUUGCAAAGCAAUUGAAUUUUCAGCUGAAAUAAUUUUUAAGUGCACGAAGACGUUGAGUUUUAGCAAACCAAAGUAAUUUAGUAAUUUCUUAGUUGAAAAUGGGUGCAAUAGAUUCUCAAGAAAGUCCACUGUGGGCGAGAAUUUUGGAAAGAGUAGAAAUCCUUAUUUGGGUAGUUAACCAAGCUUGCAUUGGAUUCGUGACGAUAUAUAUGUUUUGGAUAUGUAUUUACCAGGACAUGGAUACCAUGCAAUUGCAUGCUUUUUUAGUGACCAUCGGGUUUUCCCUAUUAAUGGCCGAGGGUAUUAUGUGUCAUUAUAGCAUCAAUCCGCUGACGAAUGGUUUUAAACGCAAAGCUAAAACUACCAUACAUUGGGUGCUGCUGACACUCGGCGGUGGCUGUGGCGUGGCCGGCUGUCUUGUUAUGAUUGUCAUAGUGAAAUUCAAGAUGGAUCAAGUUCAUAAUCGUUUAGGUUUUGCUGCAUUUAUACUCUGCCUCGUCAGCAUGCUAUCAGGCUUGAGUGCUCUCUUUUCGAACAAUCUACGACGCAUACUAAGUCCGUUAUUUAAUAAGGGCUUUCACAAUUUAGUUGGCUUUGGCACGUUUCUAACGGCACUACUUGCGCAAUUCUACGGCUACGAGUUCUUCCAUUCCAGCAUACUAUGGUCCUUCAUAAGAGUAUUGCAAGUGGUGACCCUUGUGUCGUUAGUGCUCACUUCGAUCGGGCCGCUUAAGGCACUUUAUAAGAAGAUUACAAGUUUUUUCGAAUAAUAAUCAGCACGUAGAUUCUCAAUUGAGCAGCUCCAAGUGCUAAAAGAUUUAAUAAGUAUUAUGCAUUUUAUUCUAUUUAUUCUUGUAUUAUUUAAUUUUUUACUGUUGUUGUUAAUUCUUAUUGCUUAGC